GAGUCUUGCUGCAGCCAUUUGGCAGUAGAAUUUAAUACAAGCUGUGGCACAAUGAAGCCUGCGCCAGCCAUCCGAAAGCUUCCUCCAAGCGUCAUCGCGCAGAUUCGCGGAGGAGUUUUGGUUCCGCAUCUUGCACGCGUGGCAGAAGAGUUGGUCUUGAAUGCGAUCGAGGCUGACGCAUCCUCAGUGGAGGUAGAAUUACAAGAGGCUUCUGUGGGAUGCGCUCUGGAAGUGCGAGACAAUGGCCGCGGAAUUGCCCCUGAGGAUUUCAUGUACCUGGGCCAGCGCGGUGCGAGAAGCGGCGCCGGGCGAGGCGAGUCUUUGGCAGGGACGAUCGCGCGGUAUCAGCGCGUGGUGGUGCAGUCGAAGGUGCCCGGUCAGCAGACCUGGAUCAAAGCCUUCGAGGGCGGCCAAGCGCGCUGCGGCGCCGCCGCCCCGCGGGGAGCCCGGGGCACCACCGUCCGCCUGGAGGCGGAGAGCGGCGCCCGGAGCCAGGUGACCGCCGUGCGCCGGCGCCUGGAGCGCAUGGCACUCCUUCGGCCGCAGCUAGCGAUGCGCUUCUCGACCUCGCCAUCGAAGGCGGACUCAAUUGAGCUGGAGCCGGAGGACACGACUUCCCGCGUGCAGCAUAUUCUGGGAUUGGGAUGUGCGCGUGCGCUUUGCAGGGUGCAGUUCUCCUCAGAGCAAGCCGCCUGCGGCCUGGAAGGCGUCAUAUCAAGGCUUCAGGAUGGCCAUGCCAGCGAUCAGUUCAUGUUCCUGUACAUCAAUGGCCGUUUCGUGGAGCAGACCCCAAUCCAUCAGUCCAUCGCGAACUACUAUGCCACUGGCAGCGUCGCCGCAGGCAGAGGCCCAGCUUCGGUGGCUGCAGUGGCGGCCGGGGAUGUGCAUCCCUUCUUUGUGCUGAACUUGUGCUGUCCAAUGGAGUGGUACGACUUGGACUUUUUGCCAGACCGGUCUCAAGUACAGUUUAGAGACUGGCAUCAACCUGUGAGCUACAUCUUGGAGUGUUUGCAACAGCUGUGGCUCGCGUGCAGCAAGCAAGAAGCCGCUCAUUGUCAGCAUCAGCCGAAUCCUGGGAGGACUGCAAAGAGGAGCUCGACCGACUCACCCAGAAGGAGUGUGCAGGAGUCGCAGAAGCGAGCUUGCACGCGCUCCCUCAAGUUCUGCCCGGCCUGAGGUCACAGCAUAUGCAGUCAAUUCGAUCAGCGGAAUCUAUGGAAUUCAUGCAUCACUGGAAUUCGGAUGCGGUGAAUUCGGUGCAGCUCUCACUUGUGUAACCACUCAGGCUAUGUUCAGAGCAGCCUCUGUCCAAGCUCGUUGCACUUAAUUGGAUGUGC